CCCUAAUGUCGUGUUGUCAAAAUUGCAAAAUACGAUUUUACGCUAGUAGUGAGCGAUCAAUUUCAUCAAAAUUAAUUUAUAGUGCGUUUUGAGUUAAACUAUGAAAGGACUACAUUUGAAUAAAGUUUGAUUGCAUUUUUAAGUAAAAUAAAUUGCCCAUUUAAAAUUUUUCUACUGUCGAAAUCACAAUAAAUCUUUCAUAAACAUGGAUGGAACUUGGGUUCUUGUUUUGCUCGCGUUAGUAAUGUUGAUAGGAUCCUAUGUGGCUGGAAGUAUACCCCUGAACGUAAAUAUGUCUGAGGAUAAGCUACAGAAAGUCACAGUGUUCGGAGCAGGCCUACUAGUCGGGACAGCACUGGCUGUGAUCAUUCCGGAAGGUGUCCGGUCUUUAUUCAGCGAGAGGUCGAUGCCUACAAUAGUCACUAAAGACUACACGGCUGAACCUCCUGGUCAUGAUGAUGACCUGCAUUCGGUCAUCGGUGUAUCAUUGGUACUAGGUUUUGUGUUCAUGCUGUUGAUCGACCAGGUGUCUACGAGGUUCAACGAUUCUUCAAACCCUGUGGAGAAGAAUGUAACUGCCACUGUUGGUUUAGUGGUACAUGCUGCUGCUGACGGUAUAGCCCUGGGGGCUGCAGCGACAACUUCGCAUGCGGACGUCGAGUUGAUAGUCUUCUUGGCUAUAAUGCUACACAAAGCACCAGCCGCCUUUGGGCUGGUCACCUUUCUGCUUCACGCUGGACUAGACAGGAAUCGAAUCCGGAAGCACUUGCUUAUAUUCUCGUGCUCAGCACCGCUGCUCGCUUUGCUCACAUACUUUGGAAUCGGCAACGAGAGUAAACAAACACUGAGCGAAUUUAAUGCCACUGGUAUAGCGAUGUUAUUUUCAGCAGGUACGUUCUUAUACGUUGCAACCGUACAUGUACUACCAGAACUCACACACUCGCAUUCACACACGCACACAUUGCUGCCAGUCCAAGAGGGUGUAUCGCCGAAACGUGGCUUCGGCGGUUUACAAUUCUGCGAAAUGCUAAUAUUGACAGUUGGGGCGCUUUUACCACUGUUAUUAACUAUGGGACAUAAGCAUUAAGCUGUUGUAACGUUAAAAAUAACGGUUUCAAUUCAAGCUGUUAAAAUAACGUUAUAACGAUAAAAUUAACCGUUUAUAUUAAAGCUAAAAUAAUGUCGCAACGUUAAAAAUAACGGUUUAAUUCAAGCUAAUAUUAACGUUAUAAUGGGGUUCUGACAUCAUUCUCUAAACUUAAAACUAAUCUUAGUAUCAGUCUCUCCAUUUCACUCCCUAUAGAACAAGCUAGGGUAAUACUAUUAUCAAAUUGAGUAUUAUUUUUUAUGUUUUUACGCAUACCUGCCACUAAGUAGAACACUAUUUAAAAUGCGUUUUUUAAUACUUAUUACACGUUUGUCGAUGGCGCAAGUGGUUUGCGCGUUCGGCUGCGAUCGUUGUAGUUAAGCAACUUUCGCAGUGGUC